UCUCGGAUCGUCGUGCUCUGGGUCCAAGGCACGGGUCCAACCAGGCGGCGUCUCUCCAUGUACCCCCCAAGCAGCUGGUCUGCGUCUGGCUCUGCCCUGCGACCCGCCUGGCUACAUUACUGUACCCCGUCCCGCGCUUCUACGUUUCUCGUGCUUUUGCUCUGCUUCCAUUCUGCGAUCCAUUCAUACUGUUCCAGUUUCACCCUCACUUGCGUAAUCAACUCAUCUGUCUGCGCCCUUGCAAGCCACCACCAACCCAAUCGAUCCUGCGUACCCUCCCGUUCCCCUUCCAACGUACCGUCACAGCCUUUUCUUGACUCAGAACCUCUAUUGUCUCAUCUCUGCGUGGAACAAGGCCUUAACCACCUGCCUCAUCAUACCGUUGCCCGAAACCGCCCAAUAUCCCUCUUCCGGCACGGAUCUCGUCCUGUUUAAAGCAUUGACUACUGGCCCGAAGCGUCAACAAUUUUCCUUUUGUGCAAUUUGUCUGUCUAUCAAGAACUCAGGCAUCCAGAAAAAGCAUUGCAUCUUCGUCAAUGUUGCACGGCGUGU